AUGACUGUCAGAACUCGAGUUUUAUUAAUUUCCGACACUCACGGGGAGGCAUUCAAUAUCAGAAAUGAGCACAAAGUGGACGUCGUUAUCCACUGUGGCGAUCUGACCGACCAGUCCAAAUUAUAUGAAUACCACAGCACCCUCAAAUUACUAAAAGAACUCAAUGCACCUCUCACAUUAGUAAUAGCUGGAAAUCACGACUUUACUCUGGAUACUCCAGCAUUUGAGCGCAAGGUACUCGAAGCUACAGAUUCACUUGACCCAGAGCUGGUUCGGAAAGAGUACGGAGAUAUUGGUGCAGCACGACGACUCUUUGACGAUACGCCUGGGGUUACCUUUCUCGACGAAGGUACUCAUAAGUUCAAUCUACACAACGGUGCAUAUCUGAGUGUUUACGCCAGUCCAUUUACGCCUUCACAGGGAGGAGGUGCUUUUCAAUACCGUCCUAAUACCGGUCACCGAUUUACCAUCGAACAAGAUACCGAUAUUGUAAUAACACAUGGACCACCACGAGGAAUAAUGGAUCGUACUUGUGAAGGAAGAGCUGGAUGUCCAAAUCUUUUCGCGGCUAUUGCGAGAGCGCGGCCUCGGCUACAUUGUUUCGGUCACAUUCAUGAGGAAUGGGGCGCUAGGCGCAUCGCAUGGAGAUCGCCAACUGCCGAGACCCCUUCCCAUUUCACAUCAAUCGAUAAUGAGGCGUCUACAACAAUUGAUACGUUAAGAAAUAUCAAGCAGAUGACAACAGACUCGCCAGAGAAGAGGGUGGACAAGCUGAAUCGAAUGGAACAACAUAGACGGCAAGGAUAUUGUGCUGCGAGCUGCCGAUAUGAGGAUCGUGGAGCGUAUACACUCUUUGUUAAUGCCGCAAUGGAGGGUGUAACUGAGGAGUUUCCUAUGCAUCCACCGUGGAUCGUGGACAUCGACCUUCCUUUGUCUAGUCAGGGUCCUGGAACACACGUCGAGCUUCGAAUACCUUGA